UCCUGAUAUGGCUGUUCCAUGCUUAAAGGAAUAUUCAGCACGCUGGGCGGGAAUUAGGGAAGAUAAGGGAGCAGGUCGAUUUCCGGUAGCUGUGUUGUGUUCGCGUCGCAAAGAUCGAAGGACGACUACUGCCAGGGAAGAAAUUGGUCGAGCAGGGGCGGGAGAAAAGAUGGGAGAGUGGGAGAGGAGAGGAGGGGAGAGGUAGGGAGCGGUUCAAAUUGUGCACAGCACCACGGAUCAAAAAGGACGAAGAAGGGAAGUUGAGGAGAUGGACGUUUCAAUAAAGACGUUGGUGCUAUCAGGCACAAACAGGUACCAUUUGUCACGCCAAACGUUUUUUAGUGUCGCUGUCACGUUCCUGGGACCCCAUACCACACUCCUGUAAAUCCAUAAUGAAGAUAACGCAAGCCGCUAUGCCCACUUUUGAGAGGUCAAAAAGGAGAUCGUGCUGAAGGUGGCCUUCUUACCUCGACUGUUCAAGAAUUGGCUC